AUGGUUGUCGGUCCUACUAUGAACGCCUCUACUAAAUUCAGCGACAAUUACGACGUUAAGGAGGAGCUAGGAAAAGGAGCAUUCUCCGUGGUCCGCAGAUGCGUUCACAAAGCGACAGCGGCUGAAUAUGCAGCGAAAAUCAUCAAUACCAAGAAACUAUCUGCGAGAGACUUCCAAAAGCUAGAACGUGAGGCAAGAAUAUGUCGAAAGCUUCAGCAUCCCAACAUAGUUCGCCUUCAUGACAGUAUCCAAGAAGAGUCAUUUCAUUACCUCGUUUUCGAUUUAGUCACUGGUGGUGAACUAUUCGAGGAUAUCGUAGCCAGAGAGUUCUACAGUGAAGCAGACGCGAGUCAUUGCAUCCAGCAAAUUCUCGAAUCAAUCGCCUACUGCCAUCAGAACUGCAUAGUGCACAGAGAUUUGAAGCCUGAAAACCUCUUACUAGCCAGUAAGGCGAAAGGAGCAGCUGUGAAGCUGGCCGACUUUGGUCUUGCAAUUGAAGUUGGUCAAGAUACCGAGGCUUGGUUCGGAUUUGCUGGGACUCCCGGUUAUUUGUCUCCAGAAGUGCUGAAAAAAGAUCCCUAUGGAAAACCAGUGGACAUUUGGGCUUGUGGAGUCAUCCUUUAUAUCCUUUUGGUCGGUUACCCACCAUUCUGGGAUGAGGAUCAACAUCGUCUCUACGCCCAAAUCAAGGCUGGCGCUUAUGAUUACCCAAGUCCGGAAUGGGAUACAGUAACGCCUGAGGCGAAGAGCUUAAUUGACAGCAUGCUGACUGUAAAUCCAAAGAAGCGAAUCACCGCCGAUCAAGCAUUGAAAGUGCCAUGGAUUUGUGUACGUUCUUUCAUUGUUAAGCACGUUCUCAGUAUAGAGUGA